AUGGAGACUCGUCCCCGGGGUCGGGGGCUUCCCGGGGAGUUGGCGGGACGAGGACGGGCAGCGCUGCGGGACGGUCACGUCUCCCCUUUUGUUUCUCUCCAGGGUGUUUGUGCUUCUCUGAGUCUCUCUCCCCGCCCCCGCUCUCCCGCCCGCCCCGCCGGGACCGCUCCUCUCCGGGCGGCACCAGAGCCGCCUCAGGGCGGGCGGCGGCGGAGGUGCUGGUGGGGCUCUCUCGCCGUCCAGCCCGCCGGGAACAUGGCGACCGGCGGCUAUCGCAGCGCCGGGGGCAGCACCACGGACUUUCUGGAGGAGUGGAAAGCCAAGCGGGAGAAGAUGCGGGCGAAGCAGGCGCCGCUGGCCCCGCUGGCCCCGGUGGUAGCCGCCGGGGCAGAGGCCAGGCCCGCAGGGGGCGCCUCCUCAGCCGAGCUGAACAACAACCUGCCCCCCGGCAGCCCGGCCGCCCCGCCCGACCGCGCGGCGCCCCCCGCCGGCGGGGCCGUCAACUGCAUCGGCCUCCCCAGCGCCGCCUUGGGUCGGGCCGCCCCCACCAAGGAGCCGCCGCCGGCCCUCGCCGGGGGCCGGGGGGCAGAGCCUGCCGCCAAGCCCCCUCCCGCCGCCGCGCCGGGGUCCCCCGAGGGCGAGGAGAAGCUGGCUGCCAAGGGAAAGAGCUCGGGCCCCAGCGCCAGGAAGGGGAAGGGGCAGAUCGAGAAGAGAAAGCUGAGGGAGAAGAGGAGGUCGACAGGUGUGGUGAACAUCCCGGCCGCCGAGAGCCUUGAUGAAUAUGAAGAUGAUGAAGCAGGGCAGAAGGAGCGAAAGAAGGAGGAUGCUAUUACGCAGCAGAAUACGAUACAAAAUGAGAAUUCCAGUGCAGAUGCCCCUGGCUCAUACUUACUACAGGACUCCUCCAGGAUGGUUUCAAGCAGGUAUAAAAGCACAGCCAAUGCACCAGAAGACGAUGCUCCAAAUAGAUAUUCCCGAACAGACAGGACAACUUACAGCAGAUACAGCAGGGAUGCAAAUUCUUCUGGCAGUUCCAUACCAAGUAACGCUUUGGAAAAGAGGAUUGAGGAACUUGAAAGGGAACUUGCAAAGGAGAGACAGGAAAACAUGAGAUUAAUGAAGAUGACCCAGGACAAAGAGGAACUAAUUGGAAAGCUGAGGGAAGAAAUUGAUUUACUAAACAGAGAUCUAGAUGAUAUAGAAGAUGAAAACGAACAAUUGAAGCAAGAAAAUAAAACCCUCUUAAAAGUUGUUGGACAGCUGACAAGGUAGAAGAUUCAAGCCUCAAUGAGGAAAGAUUUAAAAACUACUGAUUGAACGUUAAGGUCAAUAUAGUAAUACUUCCUGUGUUGCAGUAUGUUAUAAUAACUGUCUUUAUAUUUAUUGUUAGGAAACCAGAUGAAUGUUUAUUUUCAUAGUAGUUUCUUCUUAAUUCAAUGAAAUGGCAUCAAAUUUGGGGUAUAUUUUUAGCUUUCCUUUCACAUAAGAAUAAUUAAAUUUCUUGACAUAUUUCAAAAUAGUAAGUUCAAAAAUAUUUCAGUUUUGUAUCUUCAGAUUACAUCUGCAUAAAUUACAGUAAUUUAAAAUUCAUAGCACCAAGAUCAUUUUCACUCCAUGUGGUUGUAUAUUUUUGAAAUGAAUGGAAGCAAUACAUAUAAGCUUUGUUUACACAGAUCCAAAAUAUAUAUUUUGGAAAAUACUUCCUCUUUUGUUUAAACAGCUGUAAAGUGGAUGCCUUAUUACUGAUGUGUAACAUUUUGCAGAUUGGUUACUUGCUCUAAAACUCAUGUAUGUUGAGGGUUUUUUACCAUAUCUGAAAGACUGACAAUAGUAGAGAGUAGCAUUUUUUUCCCUGUAUAACAGUAUUCUGGCAGGAGGGGGAGGUUUUAUGAAAAACAGACAAAAAACCAAAACCAAUAAACCACCUGUGGUAUCAGCAUUAAUGAGUUCUUAGAAUCAUAUUGAAGUUGUGCACUGCAGUUUAUUUUAAAGCUUUUGUUUUAGCAAUGAAAUGCAAGUUUGCUAUUAGGCAAUAAGUGUGUUUGCUGUGUUGGGAGUUCAAACAAAGCCUGGAGCUUUCAUUUUAGCAAAGACACUUUCGCAAUACUCUUCUACUUAAAGCUGUCAUCUUAACAUUUGUAGUGAUCAUAACCAAUGUGAGUUUUUUGAUGUUUUCAUUUUUUAAGCUGAGAGAGAAUUUUUGUACAUAGCAUAGUAGAGAGGCAUACGAGUGAUCCAUGCCCUUUUGAAACAUCAAAUGAUUUAAAAAACCUUUUAUCCUUCCUUGAUUUUAAACUAACAAGGUGUUUAAAAAGUGCCUGUUUAGAUGUUACAAUCCAGUUACGACUGCGUACUGAUUCUUCUAUAACAUAAUAGUAGACAAAAUUUUCAUUUGACAUUAACCACAGACCUAAGUUAACAAUUCUCUUCUUAAAAUUCUUGUUAGGCUGAAAUUUGAUGUACUUUAUUUCAUCUUAAUACAGCACAUUUUUCAUUCCUGAUCAGAAUAAACGUAUAUGUCAUUUGAGUCAGGACACUAGAAAUGAAAACAUGUUGAAGAGGUCAGGCUCUUUCUUGACGAUUUUGAAGUUUGGUGUCAGAAGGGUGUAUGCAUAUAGUUUUUGUUACCUUAAAACUUCAAGGCAACUUUAAUAUAUAGUAACAAUCACUUUUUCAUAUUUGCCAAUUGUUUUCAUAAUGUAUAUUUAAUGACUGUAAGAGUUUCUUAAAUUUCAAAUCCAGGUAUUAUUGCUACACCUUGGAUUGUUUUGGAUAUAGGAUAGGUUAUUUGUAUUUGUGUAUUCUAAUGAGGAGGAACUUUCCAAAGCUUUAAAGUAUUUUUCAAGACACUUAUAUUCCAAGAUGCCUUGAUGUUUUCCUUCACAGUGGAUGAGGUCUCAUGGGACACCACUUAAAACCUUUAUUCAGGGUUUUACAUGGUAUGGGAGGUUUGUAUAGGUCCUCUGAACUAUGAUAUACACCAAUGAAUACUUCUUUUAAUAUGCAAAUGGUACGAAGUCCCUUAAUUUAUCAGUUGCAUGAAAUUAAACAUUUGAAGUAAUAAAAAAAAUCAGUUGAGAUGUAUGCCUUCUGAAUAAAUAUGAGACUUUCUUUGGAAGAACAUCUGAUUUCCUUCUCUGUGUACUAGGUAGGAAAUACACAUACCGAUUUACGACAUGGGAUGUCAGACAUACUGAAGCGUCAUUAAGGAGUUAAUGCAGAACACACAGAUAUUAAUAUGAAGUUGUAAAUGAGAUAUUUCAUAAACUGUAUUUUACAUACAUUUUAAACCAAAGAACAAUAACAACAAAGAACAUAAACAAGAAUUACUUUUCUUCAUAUUACCUCUUCUUGGUUUGCAUUGUGUAUUGACUAAAACUUAGCAGCAGUAAUGCCAAAAUUAGAAUUUUUUUUUUUUUUUUAACUUGGACAUCCAGCUGACAGGAAUAUUUGGCAGAAGUGCUUCUGAUAACCUGCCUUGAAGAGGUACUGGCAAGGGAAGUUUCCAAAAUAUUUGAAACCAGUAAUGCUUCAGGCACAACAUGUGAACAAAGGAACUAUUGGGAACCCACAGAUAAAGUACCUCAGGACAUUAUUGUUGUUGUGUGUUAUUAUACAAAUGUAAAGCUCUUCAUGGUUUUAAAAAUUUCCACAAAUUGUAUCUUGAAGCAUAACACUUCUGCUGACAGUUUGGAAGAUUUAAAUAGCUUUUUUUAAAAAAAACUAUGUCUGUAACAAUUUAUUAUCACUUACAUUAUCAGGCUCUUGGGAGAAGUUUAGUAGAUUCUAGGGAAACUGAUUACAUAGAAUGUUAAUAAUUGUCUAGUCAUUACUUGCCAUUAACUUUUUAUUUCAGUAGGGUACCCUUAUAGUCAAGCUCAAAAAUAGAAUAAGUUUUUAUCCUAGGUGAUUUGAAGGUGUUAAAUUAGCUACCUUACCAGCAAUUCACUAACCCACGUCCUCACCAGUCCAACACCUCAAUUGCUCUCAGUUGUGUGAUUUAAAAGAAGAGAGACUGCUGUAAGGGGGAACCCACCUCACUUGGGAAGGGUAUAUGAUUCCUGAGUGAAUCUGGGUAUUAACGUUCCUAGGCUAAAUUAAUUUGCUAGGGCUUUUUCUUUUGGGAGGGAGGAGUGUGCAUUAGUAUGCAAUAUUAACUGUAUGGGUAAGUCUCUUGGGAGAUUUCUGAACUUUCAUGUCUUAAAAUUCAUACCAAACCGCUUAGGUCUAGCAUCUGCGUUCUGGGUAACUUGGGUCAUCUAGGAAAUCUAACCAGAAAAGUACUCCCGUUGACUAAAGCAAAUAAUUAUUUUUUCAAGGUACUUUAAUAAUGGACAGCACAUAAUUCCUAUUUUGAUAAUGCAAAACAAUAGUCCUGUUAUGGUCACAUACUGUUGUAUAGAAAACAUAUACUACAUCCAGAGCUGAAGGUUAAAAUUGUGCAGAAAUGUUUUUAUCAUUGAUAAUAUGCACUAAUGUUUGUGGGAUUUAUUCCCUAAAGAAGUUCAACCAUACAUAAAUGUUGGCGAUUUUUACAAGGAAAUUCAAAUUGGCUCAUUUUUAAAAUAAUGAAAUGGCCAUGUUUAAGUUCACUGUUACUUGAUGUAUAUAUUAACUGAAAGAGUGCAGUCUGUAUUUGCAAAUGAGUGGUUUUUCUCACUGGUUAAUUACCAGAUUUGUAUUUACACAUCUGAGGAUUAGUUAUUUCUGUGUUAGAUUGACUCUGAAUUUGGUAGAGUGAGAAAAGAAGGUAACAAGAAAUAAAUCAAUUACUUCCAAAGUAGGAAGUAUAACCUAUUGAGAUUUUUUUUUUUUAAUUCAACUGUACUGAGAAUUAGGUGUGGAAAGAUUUGUGAUUGGCAUAAGCACUACAAAAGAUACAGGGGUUUUAGUAUGUUGGAAACAACCAACUAACCUACAUCAAAGCUCUUUCAACUUGUCUGGUAUCAUUACAGCUUGGAAAUUUGCUACCAUAAGAGAGACCAAAAGCAAUACUGGAGAUCGAAUUACUUUUUCACAUUUUGCUAGGAGAGCAGAGUUACACUGACUCCAGCUAUUUUAUGGUUUUCUCUAAGUUCUUUGUGGCUAUUUCCAGCUUGAAUUGAAACAAAUCAGUAUUAGUAGCCAAGAGGAAAGGUAAUCAUUGGGAAACAAAUGCAUGUGUAGUAGCUAUGGAUACCAUUAACAUAUGAUUGAGUGUCAGUAUUUCUUCGACUCAGACCCUUCAAGAAGAUGUCAGUUGAGUUGAUCCAUUUGCAUCAAUAUUACUGAUUGCCAAUGUCUGACAUUUUUAAUAAGAAACAACUAUGGUAGCUGGAGAAAUUACCAUUGCAAGACACAAUUUAAAAACUUAGUACGAUAAGAAAACAUUUGUGCUGGUACCUGUAGCUGCUGAGACUAAAGAGCUAAAGUUUAUACUUAAAAGUUUUGUUAGAAAUGAAACAAAUGAAUUCUGGAUCUUUUCAUUUAGUUUGAUAUAGAAAUUCACUACAGAUCUGUUCCAUGCUAGUCAUUCUGGUGUCGAUACCUGCAAAAGGUAUUGACACUAGCAUUUCUAGAAGCACGUCUACUUCUGUUAUUAAGCAUUUCUUUAGGACUGCUUCAAUAUAUCCAGGACAAAAAGAGCUUUGACAUGUAUAUUUCAGUAGCAUUCAUGGUCUUCCAAGUAUGUUGACUUACUGUAGCAAAUCUCUGUCUACCAUUUUUUCCUGAACUGUAGCAGAUGUACAUUACCUUGUUAAUUUGAUCCUUUUGCUUUUAUUUCUGGAUUUCUGGUGUAACUGUUCUUGUUCAGGGCUAGUUGUGAUUUUUCUGUUCUGGAAAAAUUGUGAUAGUUGAGUUGUCCUCUGAAAAUAGUCUCAUGAUGUGGAGUCUUUUUUUUUUUUUAAAUAUCUGUUUUAUGCAUUUAAAAAGUUGAAGCAUCAUUAAGCUACAAAUAACUAAAUAUCCAUUUUAGUUUUGAACAUUGAUUAGUCGUGAUAUUAUUUGUGGUAUCAGGUUAAAAAUGAUGUUGAGGUUCUUACUGUUGCAGGUAAAAGAUACGUGUUUAACAAUAAAGACUGUGUGCCUUUGUCCAAAUAAAAUGAAAUUCUUUU